CUCUCAGCUGGCAAAUGACAACUAAAGCUUAUUUUUAGCGCACGGGGUCAGGAUUAAAGCGGGUCAUGACGCCGACGUACGUUGGACCUAAAGUGUAACAUGCGCAGACAGGAGGACCCACAGACACUGAGUCCGGUUUAACGUUACAGUUACAGAACCUGCUAACGAUAGAGAUACGCUGCUAUGAGAAAUGUUACCUAAUACUUCAAGAUAGCAGCUUGGAUAUUUAUCAAUGGAGGCGACAUAGUACGCCGAGUGCAGCCUAACCCCCACUUCAGUGUUGUCGACAUGACGCGACUUCAGAUCAAGCAAAGCCUCUUCCAACUUUUAAAAACAAGAUGAUAAAAAACUGGGGAGUCAUUGGUGGGAUAGCUGCUGCAAUUGCAGCUGGAGUAUAUGUUUUGUGGGGUCCAAUUACAGAGAGAAAGAAGAGAAAGAGAGGUAUGGUUCCUGGUCUGUUGAACUUAGGCAACACCUGCUUCCUGAACUCUUUGCUUCAGGGUUUGGCAGCAUGUCCGUCCUUCAUCAGGUGGCUGGAGACGUUUUCAGGUUUGCCUACGAUCCAGUCUUGCAAAGACAACCACCUGUCUACAACACUGCUUCAGCUUCUAAAAGCUCUGUCCAGUAAUGAGCCUGGGGAGGAAGAUGUACUUGAUGCCGGGUGCCUCCUGGAUGUUCUCAGACUGUACCGGUGGCACAUCAGUUCAUUUGAAGAGCAGGAUGCACAUGAACUUUUUCAUGUCCUUACAUCUUCUCUGGAGGAAGAGCGAGAUCGGCAACCCAAAGUCGCUCACCUGUUUGACGUGCAUUCCCUCGAGAGCCUCUCUGAUCAAGAUGAGAAAACUAUGACCUGCAGAAGUCGAGCUCCUCUUCAUCCAAUACCAAGUCCUUGGAAGUCUCAGCAUCCCUUUCAUGGUCGCUUAACAAGCAAUAUGUCAUGCAAGCGCUGCGAACAACAAAGUCCAGUGAGGUAUGACUCAUUUGAAAGCCUCUCCCUGUCCAUCCCCAUACCUCAGUGGGGUCGACCUAUCUCUCUAGAUCAGUGUCUUCAGCAUUUCAUCUCCUCAGAAACCAUCAAAGAAGUGGAGUGUGAAAACUGCACCAAGCUUCAACAAGGGACUACAGUAAAUGGGCAAGUUCUGGAAAGCCAAAGGACAACAUUUGUUAAACAGCUAAAACUGGGAAAGCUCCCCCAGUGCCUCUGCAUCCAUUUACAAAGACUGACGUGGUCCAGUGAAGGAACCUCAAUCAAAAGACAGGAGCAUGUGCAGUUCACAGAGUAUUUAUCGAUGGACCGCUACAAACACCAUGCUUCCACACACAGAAGUCAGCGGAUUAAAUGUGCUCCGAACCCCACAAAGGCAGAAAAUUCAGAUGAUUCCAUGAAAAAGCCCUCUGCUAAUGCAGAGCAUCGUAACAACAACAACAAACCUUUCUCCAACGGAACAUGUUCGUCUGUACUUCUUCAGUCUCCUGGUGCGAACCCACAGCUUGGCCUCACAUAUGACUACAGUCCUACAGAGUACCUUUUCCAGCUCACGGCUGUGCUGGUUCACCACGGUGACAUGCACUCAGGACAUUUUGUCACGUACCGCCGCAGCCCUUCCUCACCACACACCUCUUCACCCUUCAGCUCCCAGUGGCUUUGGGUGUCAGACGACUCUGUACGAAAAGCCAGCCAGCACGAGGUGCUGUCUUCCAACGCCUACAUGCUCUUCUACGAGAGAGUCCGAGGACUGAACCUCGCUCUGUGCUCAGAAGAGUAAACGGAAGCUCUCGACCUCACACAGCCUUUCCAGUCACACUGUCACAGCUGUAUGUGCCAGUUACAACGCAGUUACCAACAGGUGGAUUAUGACUUUGUGACAAUGGGACCAGAGAGGAAAUCCAUCCCAAAGUAACUGUAGAGAUAACUUUGUACCAUGUAUCACAGAAACAUGUUGAAGGCCAUUGAAUUAUGUGUUCUGAUAUUAAAUCCAUUAGUGGAUACUUUGUCUGCUGCGCCGAUCCAGAGUAGGAGGCUCUCAAUCCCAAAGAUUAUGGACCUGCAGGAUUUUUAAUCAAAUAAUAUAAUAAACUACUUUGCUUUGACAUGUGUAACAAUUUCUAUCAUGCAACAUUUUGGCUUCUAUGGGACAAAAAAGCAGGAACACUUGACAAUAGAGUAAUAGCCCUGCAAUACAUUGUUCAUGUGUAAUGCUUAAAUUGACUAAACUCUGUGGCAUUUUUAUGAUGCUGUAGUUUUUCCUGUUUUGUCCACUGCCUGCACAUUACAGACACAGAAGUAGCUGAUUAGGAUAUCUUUGAGAUGUUACUUAGAAGUUGUUACAUAUUAUGAAGUCGGAUAUUUAGAAAACUGGUUCUCUAUCGUCUCAUCUAAUCUGCUAAUCAAUGUCAAUGUUUCAAUUGACAUUGUUCAUAAGCAUUUUUAAUUUGAUAUUUUUCUAUGUUUCCAAUAAUCCUUACACUGUCAUGAUUCGCAGAGUUAAGGUUAAAGUGCCAUGUUGUCUUUAAUGCUUGAGAUUUUUAACAUAUGAAGCCAAGUGUGCUCCAACUGAUGUGAACACACAAUAUGAUGCAUAAGAGCCUUUUGGAAUACAGUUCAACCGAUUAUUAAUAAUGAUCUGAUCUCUGUUAAUAAAGCCACAGUAUAACUGCAGGUUUUUGGGCAAGUUAUCCUGAAUAUUUUUAAUUCGGUGUAGCUGCCAUUGCUCCUACCAAACCAAGUAAGUCAAAUGAGAAAUAGUCUGGUACAAAACUCGUUAAUGUUUGCAAUUUGCACUAAUGUGUAUUCAUGUGAGAUUGUGUGUAUUUGUGUGCACUCUGUAAAGGUGAUUGUUUUCAGGUAUUAAAAAUAAAAUAAAACAAACAUGCACUUUA